AUGGAGAAAAAGAAUAAGGACCUAGCUAAAGAAAAUACAGAACUUAAGAGAAAGAUAUCGACCAUGAAGAAAACCGAGGAAGAUCUGCUCAAAGACAGAAUAAAGAAGGAAUACUUUGGGUUUAGAAUGCAUAAAAAGAUUUCUGGAGAGCUUGAGAAAAAUAUUGCAGCCAUAGAGAAUGUGCUAGAUAGCCUCAAAAGACUCAGUGUGGAGAUUCCAAAUAGAGGGCAUAGCGAGGUCUUGAAGGACAAGAGGAAUCUGAAAGAAUAA